UAUCCUACAACAGUUGGAUCAAUCAAUGACUAUUCCUCUCUUGCUGAUACAAUUCACUCACUGGGUGCCCAAGUUGUCUGUGCAACAGAUUUGAUGGCUCUUGCUUUACUCAAACCUCCUGGUGAAUGGGGUGCUGAUAUUGCAAUAGGCAACAGUCAGCGAUUUGGCGUUCCGUUGGGUUAUGGUGGUCCACAUGCUGCUUUUUUUGCUUGUCGGGAUAAGAAUAAACGUAGAAUGCCUGGUAGAUUGAUCGGCGUAUCUAAAGACUCAUCCGGUAAUAAAGCAUAUAGAUUGACUUUACAAACUAGAGAACAACAUAUUAGACGUGAAAAGGCAACAAGUAAUAUUUGUACUGCUCAAGCAUUAUUGGCUAAUAUGGCCGCCAUGUAUGCUAUUUAUCAUGGACCUAAAGUAAGCAAAUAA